CGGUGUGUGUAGAACAUUUUUCUCGCACCGCCUCCGUUUCAUGGUCGUUGAUGCGAUAGUGCUUUUUUAUUUGCAAAAUCUACAUUAUUUAUACGUGUUUUUCAGCGAAAAAUAGUGCUCCUUAUGAAAUAAGUGCUUGAUGAUGGUAUUUCUGUUAUAAACCGACAGUUUUUGUGUGUUAUCAAACAGGAAAUUGUGCCCGAAAAUGUCAACAAAAGCUAGCGAAGAGGAGUCGCACCAUGACGAAAGUGACAUUACGGACGAGUUUAUCGAUGAUGAUGGCGAUAGAUCGGGAUACUUCCCCGGUAAAACGGUUACGCUGCAAAUGCUGCUGGGAGCGAAUGUUCUACAACCGGGAAAGGCGGCCAUGAGUAUAGAGUACUUGGGACAAAAGUUUGUCGGUGACUUAUUACCGGAUGGAAAAAUAAAGUCUCACGAAACGGAAACAAUAUUUUGCUCGCCAAGCGCUUGGGCCAUCUACUGCAAGCGUAUCAUCAAUCCGGACAAAAAAUCGGGUUGUGGAUGGGCAUCGGUGAAAUACAAAGGCCGCAAGUUGGAUGCAUACAAAGUGGCCUACCACCGAAAACAGCUGCUCAAGGAGAAGGAUCACAAAGACGAAACGGUUACUAAUGAAGAUAUUAUUGAGGAAAUCGAAGAAGACAAAACAGCUAUGGAGCCUCCACCAGUGCGAAGAAAUGUGGUACAGCAUAACACGGUCAGCAAUCGCAACAUUUUACAUGAUGCAAAUACACUGAUCGAAUCGAUCCCAUUCACAUCUAUUGGUAAAAUGCAGCCGUUUCUGGUGUCGGUCAGUACUUCCACCAUCCUCUUGAUGGAUUUCCACUGCCAUCUGACGAACAACGAAGUUUGUGGUUAUCUGGGUGGAACAUGGGAUAUCAAUGCACACAAUCUUUCCAUCACGCAUGCAUUUCCGUGCAGAAAUUCGCGUUUCGACCGAGAUAAGGCAGCAAUAUGUGAACUGCAGAUACAAAAAUUAAUGGUCAAAAAGAACCUUAAUCUCGUAGGCUGGUAUCAUUCGCAUCCGCGGUUCCCAGUACAGCCGACCUUGAGGGAUUGUGAUGCACAGCUGGAGUACCAGAUCAAAAUGAGAGGACCUACCGAAGCGUCCUAUAUACCUUGUGUAGGAUUCAUUUGCUCCCCCUACAACGAUGAUAAUGUUUCUUCGGAGUCUAGCAUAAUGUCAUUCUGGGUGCUACCUCCACCGGAAAAUCGACCAGCGGAAUACGGACGACCUAUGCUGAUGUCGUACUCGUUGGUUCCAGAUGAAACACUUUCGGAAGAAAUUAAGGAGGAAAUGAUGCUUACGGUUGAUUAUUACAAGCAAUUCAAACGGGAACUAAUCAAUUUUCAAUCGGUUUACAAACAUGAGAUUACAUAUAUUGAAAAGUUGAAAAAAACUUUGGAAUCCAAAUUUCCUUUGGAUUCGAUGAAUGGGCAUUUCUGGAACUGGAUUCGUGAAUUGUUGGGAUUGGACCAUGAAGAGAUUGUAAUCGUGCCAGAGCCUCCUCCGCCUCCGCCUGCACCAAUUAGCAUCCCUAAACUACCAGAGCCCAUCUCAGCCCCGAUGGUUGUUAAUUUGACGCAAGCCGAUGAAGGUGGUAUUUCUGCGGAGGCAAAGCAUGACGACGAUUUCGAAGGAAUUUCAGAAAUGGGUGAUUCUGACGUCAUUUCACUGAAGGAUGACGAUACUAAAGUGCCCUCGCUUGCAGUUCCUAGCCUGCAGGCACAAUUAAAACGACCAUCUGGCUUGAAUAUGACUCCUUCGCCCUUGUCAAGUGCACUGGUAGUACUGCCACCGAAUCUCAAUCAGAACAACACGAUCACGGGUAACUCUAGCAACAAUAACCAUCACGGGGGAUCUAUAACAACGAACACAUCACCACGGGAUAGUCCUAUAACUAUUCCAUCGAAUUCUGCAAGUCCUGCAAAGUUCGAGAUCCCAGUUCGAGCCAGUCCAUCUCCAGCCAAAUCUGAUACGUCGUCCUGUCGCAGCCGUACACGCAACUCGCCAGCUCCAAGUCCUGGAAAACUAUCGAUCGGUGAUAUACUAGGCACUGGUAACCGAAACAGCCCUACUUUGAGUUCAUUGAUCGGAAACAUGGGAGGAAACGUUUCCAACAUUCACGAUCUGUAUGCCGCAACGUUCGCCUCAUUAGGAAGUUCCAUUCCGUCAAAUCUUCUCUCGCAGGACUACGCAUCUUUAUUCCAGAAUACCAAACGGGACGAAUAUGGACUAUCGGCUUUAAACGCCCUUGCACAAGUAGCAGCUGCUUCAGGAAUCUCUAACUCUCAGAUAAACGAAACUCUUCUGCACAGUCUGAAUAGAAGUAUGACUUCUAAAUCCGGCCAAACUUCUACCGUAACCACUGGAUCCGCCACUAUGACUUCAACCACAGCCCCUUCACCUGCAGCAGCUGCUGCUAAUGCUGCCUCUAAUUCUCCAGGGUACCCGGCGAUUCCCAACAUGAAAGAAUUCAUGCAACAACUCGAAAAAGGCAAUCUAAGCUUGCUGAUGCAGUCCCAAUAUGCUAACCCGUUGGCGGGAAUGUCUGGGCUCACCGGCCAAACAUCUGCCGGUUCGUUGGGUGCUGGUGGUACAAGCGGUUCCAGUGGAAAAUCCAGCCGAUCUUCUAGUAAGUCACGUUCAAAAUCUCAACAACAACAGCAGCAGCAGCAGCAACACCAACAAUCAGUUCAACAGCAGCUUCAACAAGCGCAACAGAAUCUUCUGCAGCAGCAACAACAACAGCAACACCAAUCUCUUAUGGAUUACGCAGAUUUCAUGAGCAAGUCCGACCAGAACAAGCUUGCAGACUUGAUGAAAUCACCCGAAUACUCUCAAAUGUUGCUCCAACAGGCCCAAGCCCUGGGCAGCCUUGGAAGCGAGAUAUCUAUUAUUAAAAAACCUUCCUCCAAGGGAAGCGCAGGUGGAUCGAUUAGUAACAACAAUAACAAUAAUAACAGCAUCAAUAACAGUAGCAACAAUUCCGCAAACAGCAACAAAAAGGACUCAGCCAGUGAUUUGAUUUCCAAACUUCGUACAAUCUUCUCCACCGAUUCCUACUUACCGCCAAUGCCAACCGCUGCGGAUAUUAAUUUACUUGCCGAUCAAUCCCAAAAGGUUCCUGAGAUUCAACAGAUUUUGAAUUCCGGUAAUUUGGACGAUAUUCAGGUGCUGCUGAAGGCACAAUCGCUUUCGAACAACACCUUGGAUUUUGCUGCCUUUCUUCAAGGAACUUCCGGUGUUGGUUCGAAUGUUGGUGCUGGCGAAGGAAGCAGUAAAUCCAGCCGAAGUGCUGCUGCCAAGGAAGAAAGAGGACGAGAGAAGGAAAGAGAACGAGAACGGGAGCGUGAACGAGAGCGGGAAAGAGAUAAUGCCAAUGCAGCGGCAGCGGCUGCAGUUGCUAUGAACCCCUAUCUUUCCGCAAGCAAUCUGUCGGCUCUAUUUGAACCCGUGCAGCGGCCAUCCUCCAAUAAGUCCAGUAAAUCCGAUAAGAGCAAAGGCGCAGUAGAUCGUAGCACAACAAACGCUGCAUCGAAUCCAGCUGAAAUGUUGAACAGUCUAUUCACAUCAGCCGUUGGUGGGACGGGAGCAGCCGACAUGAACGCACUACUCUAUGGGCAAGGCAAAAUGGCUUCCGAUUUAAGUAUGCUUUUUGGAGGUGUAAGUUCAGCUCCAACAUCUUCGGCGAAUUCAAGCACAACUUCUACUGCAGCAGCUGCUGCGGCCGCCAAGCAAAGCUUGGACUAUCUCUCAAUGUUCCCAAAUUUUUCGUCCGUAAAAUUGCCGGAAAUGUCAGCUCUCUUCCAGUCAGAGAAAUUUGAAAUUCCGGAUCCAUUAGCUAAAGCUACACUUGAAGCGAACAAUAUGUAUCUCGCUCCAUCUGCUUCCCUGCUGAAACUGCAGCAGGAUGCAUUCAACUCAAUGAUGAUGAAACCGCCGAAAUCUUCAUCAUCAUCUACGUCUUCAUCCAGCAAGAUUGAAACUCCACCCCCGAUUGCAGCGUCACCAGGUGCUCGUUCUACGCCAACCAAGUCUGCCAGUCGCGAUAGUCCGUCUUUAGGACCGAAGUACAACUUUAGCGCAGUUGAUCUUGCCGUAUCCAGUGUUCCCCUGGCUGCUUCAUCGCCGCUGGGAGCUGCAGACCUGUCCCGAAAGACACCUCAAACACCCCCGGUAGACAUGUCAGCUUUACAAUCGAAUCAAAACGUUCCGUCGGUGCUAUCCGCAUCGUCGCAAAUAUUGCCACCGUACAAGAAGCGAAUGGAGUUCUCCUCAAUUGCCGAUCUCGUCGCCGCACCGCCCAGCAAGAUACCGAAGCUGUCGUCCGAUAGUUUGGACCCCUAGAUGAGAACAGCUCUGUUUGGAGGUGAGAUUUCGACUGGAUGAUUUUUUUUUAUUUUUUCAAUUAGCCGCUUGUCGGCUGUAAAUUAUUUUAUUAAUUUUAAUAUUGGAACCUUUGUAAAACGGUUUAUGAAUUACGUUUAAGGCAACCUAUAGCAAAUGGUUAGAAGUACUGAAACCAUCAUCAUUAGAUAACAGUUCCAUUUCAAUUGGAAUCUCAGAAGACGUGAAAGAUGGCUGCACAAUUUCCGUGGCUGCUGGAUGUAACUAUCAGCAAAAAAACGUACGCAAUUUAGUUUGACUUUCCACUCAUAUUCUACUUAUAGCGAUUACAUUAGAAGUAUUAAAAAUAAACAGAUACGGUAUUGUAUUAUGUGUGAUCACA